AUGCGCUGCCUACGGAGGUUUUUUAGUUGGCCGAAAUACCAGAAAUCUAAGGAUGAGGAGGGGCAACCGUUGGAAACCUUUGACAGAGUAACUCUGAUGCGGUCAUUGGAGAACUCUCGUGUCAGUGGGGGCCAGGAUACUCGGUCGACAUCUGGUCUUCAAGAGCACUACGUUAGAUUUGGAAUUGGAGGUGCUGGCAAUAUGCGCAAGUCCUGCUUCCCUUUCCUGGGUGUUUAUCGGCUCUUAAAGUACUUUCCCAUAAUGGACGAGAAAUAA